UCCACGCCAUCUUCUUCCCCCACCUCAACAGGAAGCACAACAAAGCGCUACCAGCAUAACAUCACCUUUUGCAGAAUCCCCUACCGCACCAACCACAAACCCACCACCAAACCCACCUCACCCACCACAAUCAUGUCCAACCUCCCCUCCGAACCCGAAUUCGAGCAAGCCUACAAAGAACUCGCCUCCACCCUCGAAAACUCCACCCUCUUCGAAAAGAACCCCGAGUACAAAAAAGCCCUCGAGGUCUCCGCCAUCCCGGAACGCGUGAUUCAAUUCCGCGUCACUUGGGAGAACGACAAGGGCGAAUGUCAGGUCAACCGAGGAUAUCGCGUGCAGUUCAACAGUGCGCUGGGACCGUAUAAGGGAGGAUUGAGGUUUCAUCCGAGUGUCAAUCUCAGUAUUUUGAAGUUUUUGGGGUUUGAGCAGAUUUUUAAGAAUGCUUUGACGGGAUUGAGCAUGGGAGGCGGUAAAGGUGGUGCCGACUUCGACCCCAAAGGCAAAUCCGACAAUGAGAUCCGCAAGUUCUGCGUGGCUUUCAUGCGUGAAUUGAACAAGCACAUUGGCGCCGACACCGAUGUCCCAGCUGGAGACAUUGGAGUCUCUCCCCGUGAAAUCGGAUGGAUGUUUGGCGCUUACCGCGCGGAGAAGAACAAGUGGGAGGGUGUCCUGACCGGCAAGGGAGGAAACUGGGGUGGUUCUCUCAUUCGUCCUGAAGCCACUGGAUACGGCUUGGUAUACUACGUCCAACACAUGAUCCAAUACGCCUCCUCCGGCAAACAAUCCUUCCAAGGAAAACGCGUCGCAAUCUCCGGCUCCGGCAACGUCGCCCAAUACGCCGCCCUCAAAGCCAUCGAACUCGGCGCCACCAUCGUCUCCCUCUCCGACUCCAAAGGCGCCAUCAUCGCCAAAGGAGACGCGGGCAUCACCCCCGAGGUGGUCAACUACAUCGCCGCCCUGAAAGUCAAGAGGAAGAGUCUGACCGAGCUGUCCGAGAGUGCGGAAUACAAGGAUAAAUUCGAGUACAUUGACGGCGCAAGGCCGUGGGUGCAUGUCGGGCAAGUGGAUGUCGCCCUGCCGUGUGCCACGCAGAAUGAGAUUAGUGGAGAGGAGGCCCAGGCGUUGGUGGAUGCGGGGUGUAGGUUUACGGCGGAGGGGAGUAAUAUGGGCAGCACGCAGGAGGCUAUCGACGUUUUCGAGAAAGUGAGGAAGGAGAAGAAGGCCGAGGGAAUCUGGUAUGGACCUGGCAAAGCAGCCAACGCCGGCGGCGUCGCCGUCUCCGGGCUCGAAAUGGCGCAAAACUCGGCGCGGCUGAAGUGGACAUCGGAAGAAGUCGACGAGAAAUUAAAGGGGAUCAUGGAGGCUUGUUUCCAGAAUUGUCUCGAGACGGCCAAGGAGUUUGUCCCCGUGGGUGAGGACGGGGAGUUGCCGAGUCUGGUGGCGGGGGCGAAUAUUGCGGGUUUCUCGAAGGUGGCGCAGGCGAUGCGGGAUCAGGGGGAUUGGUGGGCGAAUUGAGAUGGGGGGUUGGGAUUGAGGGGAGGGGGCAAGACUGACAGUAUACUUACGGUAUACCCUAGAAACGCAUGAACGAAUUGAGACGACG